CCCACUACGCCCGCCAAAACAUUGCGCCCCACGACUCACACGACCUCGUCGCCCGUUGAAUAUUAUUCACUCGCCCCCUGCUAUAGUGCAUUUUACCACGACUGCAAGGGACAUUCAAAUACAAUUAUGGUUGGCGCAAAGGUCUUUUCUAUCGAGGGCAAGGGCCUGAAACUCACCACAGCGGCGGACAUUGAGCCACACAUUCAGGAGUUAAAGACCAACGAUGAUGUGGAAGAGGUCAAGUUUCUGGGAAACACUCUGGGUAUUGAAGCCAGUGAGGCGCUGGCCAAGGUUCUGGAGACCAAGAAGAAUCUGCAGGUCGCAAACCUCGCCGACAUCUUCACCUCUCGUCUUCUCUCUGAGAUCCCUCCUGCGCUAUCGCACCUCCUCACGUCCCUCCUCACGCUACCAAAGCUCCACACCGUCGAUCUCUCCGACAACGCCUUCGGUCUCAACACUGUUGCCCCGCUCGUCGACUUUCUGUCGCAACAUACCCCACUUCGCUACCUCUACCUGAACAACAACGGCCUCGGCCCAGCUGCUGGUGUGCUCGUCGCUGAUGCGCUGACUGCACUUGCCGCAAAGAAGGAGGCCGCGCGCAAGGAAGGCAAAGAUGUACCGGACCUCGAGCUCGUCAUCUGCGGUCGCAAUCGCCUAGAAAACGGCAGCAUGGCCGCAUGGGCAAAAGCAUACGCAGCAAAUAGUGGCGUUAAGACCAUCAAGAUGACGCAAAACGGUAUCAGGCAGGAAGGCAUCUCCCACCUCAUCACUAACGGCCUCGCGCACCUGACCAAGCUCGACACCCUCGACCUCCAAGACAACACCUUCACUGCAAUGGGGGCAAAAGCCCUCAGCCAGGCCGUAGUGAACUGGACCGACCUCCGCGAACUCGGCGUAGGCGACUGCCUCCUCAGCAGCCGCGGCGGCAUCCUCCUCGCCGCCGCCCUGGAAAAGGGGAAAAACAAAAAAGUCGAAGUCCUGCGCCUCCAAUUCAACGAAAUCAACGCAAAGGGUCUCGCGGGCCUCGCCUCCGCUUCCUCCACCGCCCUCCCUCUCCUCCGCCGCAUCGAAAUCAACGGCAACAAGUUCGACGAGGAAGACCCCAGUCUCGAUAAGCUGCGCGAGGUUCUGGAUGCUCGCAAAGAGGAGUCGGGUGAGAAGGCCGACGAUGAGGAGUACUGGGGUCUGGACGAGCUGGAUGAGCUGGAGAGCGAUGCCGAGGACGAGGAUGAGGAGAGCGACGAGGAGGAGAAGAGGGGAGAGGUGCAGGAUCGUGCGGCGAAACAGGUUGCGGAUGAUAAGAGGGCUGAGGACAGUAAUGUGGCACAGGACAAGGAUGCAAAGGUUGAUGAUCUGGCUGACUUGAUGAGCAAGACGGAGAUCAAGUAGGUUUUCUCCUUGGUCUUUGUGUUUCUUGUUUGGUCAAUUGUGGUGCGGGGUGGGGAGACCGUUUUGCAUUCAGCGGUUCUAGGACUUUUGUCAUUAAUUCUUUUCUUCUCUUUUUUCCCCUUGAGUAUCAAUGGGUUUGUAGCAUUUCGAUACCAUAGACAAUGCUCCAGCAUCAUCACUUGUAUGAUGCUUUUGUUAUCCUGCGUCUGUCCUCUGCCCACCAACUUAAUCGCUACAGGCAG